ACAAGAUGAAUUCAAUUGUGCUGACCUUGAUGUAUAUAGCAGUUACAGUGUGUCAGGACCAGGAACGACAUUUAUCAUUUCAUCGUUUUCCAUAUUAUGGCUACUACCAACCACCACCACCACCACCACGAAAUCUGUAUGCACAUGAAAAUUGCUGCCAGUCACAAGAAUUUAAAGCAGCGGGAUGCCAACUUAGGUCUGGAACAAGCCGAUAUACCGGAUUACCAUUGACGCUUUGCAAGUGUUGUGUGGGUGUUGAUACAUACCAACAACUUUACUCAAUGGCCUCCAGUUGCGCUACCAGCACAGUCACAGCUGCUACUACAGCUACUACAACGGUUGCACCUACUACAGUUGCGGCAACAACAACAACGACAACUCCGACAACAACAGCCCAGCAGAAAUUUUGUCCAAAUAGUGGUUGUGCGAGACGAAAGAGGGGAACUUAUGAUUUCUUCAAAACGUUAAGAAUUGCCGGUGGUACUUCAGUAACCUCAACAUGUGACUACCCAGGCGUCGUUGCUAUACAGGCUACAGCACCAAAUGGUGAUGCUCUAACUGUGUGUACGGGAGCACUCAUCAGUGAAACAGAAGUACAACUUCCGAGCAAUUGUGCCGAAACACUGAAUCUUGCUGGAGCCACUAAUGAUGUGGCUGUUGUCGAUGGAAAUGAAAUCGUUAUUGCAUCAAUUUCAAGUUCUAAACCUUUAGCUAUUGCUACUCUGUCUACACCAGUUGAUAUCAAUGCUGCUCCUUCACAGGCCUGUAUAUAUAAUAAAAAUAUGGGUGCCUACAAUAAUUGUGAAAUUGUUGGCUAUGGAACUGAUACCACUAACCAACUACAGACAGUUGCACAGACAUCCAAGGUAACAUUCAAUGAUAUAGCAUGUAAUGGCAUCGAUACAAGUUUAACUAUUCCAGAAGCUUCCUAUGGAUGCGCAUCUUUGGAACCAAAUUCUGCAGCCUGUGCUGGCGAUGGGGGAGCUUUGAUUGUUUGUGAUUUGCUAUCAACACAAGAAAAGGUGGUGGUCGGCCAAGCUGAAACAUUCGACUGUGAUACCAACAACCCAGCUGUGUAUUUCCAAAAUUUUGAUGUUUAGACAUUAUCAUGUUUAGACUUUAUAAUGGUUAGCCAUUAAAAGA